CGCAACCGCCAGUCAACUCGCUUCCCCUCCCUUCCUCGCCCCUCCCCCUCUCNUCCUCUUCCACAGGCGCCUGGAGCGCGAGGCCGACAUGGAGCCUGAGGACCUGCCGUGGCCUGACGAGCUGGAGGAGGAGGAGGAAGAAGAAGAGGAGGAGGAGGGCGAGGAAGAGGAGGGGAAGAAAGAGGUGGAGAACGCCUCGGCGGCGGCGCCCGAGGAGGCCCUGACCUCUGAGGAGAGUGGGAGACUGGAAGAGUUCGAAGAGGCGGGGCCCGACUUGGAUUUUAACUGCGAGUCCCAGCGGCAGGAGAGCACGGACGAAGAGGAGGACGAGCUGGCUAAAGCCUGGNUGCAGGCUCACCCCGACCGUCCUGGCAGUGCUUUCUCUCUGCCCCCUCCCACGCCUCCGCCUCCGCCUCUGUCCCCGUGGCUCCGGUACACCCCAGUGGAGCAUCUGGGCAAGACUGAGGUUGUNCCACUGACUUGCCGUGUAUGGCAGGAGUCAUCAUAUCAAGAUAAUUCUAGAGCCCAGUUUUCCAACUCCAGUACAAUGUUAUUGGAAACAGGGGUCCAGUGGGGCUCUGAGGAGGAUCAGAGAACAGAGUCUUGGCAUUGUCUUCCUCAAGAAAGGGAUUCUUCCCAAACCUUGGAUGUGUCCCAAACUGAGAUGGGCAGAGGAGAAGGAACAGAAGGAACAGACCUACCCUCUCAGGAGGGGGGUGAACCAGCUCCAUCACAGUGUCCAGGAAAGAAGCCAAAGCUCAAUGUCUUGUGUUCUCCACUGCUAGUGAUACAGGAUAACUUUGCUGCUCCUGAUUUGCCUUUGCUGACAUGUUUGAUACAAGACCAAGAAGAGGUUGAGCCUGAUUCCUUGUUUCAACAAAGUGAACUCGAAUUUGCACCUUUGAGAGGAAUUCCUGAUAAGUCUGAAGAUACUGAAUGGCUUGCUCGACCAUCAGAAGUUAGUGAAGCUUUAAUCCAAGCCACCUCAGAAACAUCUUCAGACUUAGCUAACAGUUGCUUUAGUAUAUCUCAGCAUCCACUUACAGGUAGCACAACUUUUGGGUCUCAGCGCUCUCUUUUCAUGUUUGAACAAGAGAAUAAUGGAGAAACUGUACCAUCUAAUGCCCCUGAUGAACUGAAAAGCCCGAAGGACUCAGAUCAUGAUGUCCUGUGUUCAUAUAUGUCAUGGCUACCAGAAAAGGACACUCAGCAGCCAGAAGGCAACUUGGCUGAUAAAGACCAAGUUUCCACCUCAACUUUAUCCGAUAUUAGUGAUGAAAGUAUAGCUGCUAAAAGAAACAACAGUUUUGGUGUUUCUUGUUCAUGUAAUCNGUAUUGGAACCAGAAAGCCUUACAACAGACUGAAGCAUGUCUAGCCAGUAAGGACCAUGCUUCCUUCCCAUGUAAAAUUACUCCUCUUCCUAAUAAAGUGCCAUACUCUUUUCUGCAAUGCAUGUUAAAAAGAGGAAAAGGGGCUCCCUUGACCACUGAUAAUCAUCUUGAGAAUGUUUGUUUAAGGACUCCAGCAGAAGAUGAGAUGAGUCUAAAGAAUGAGUCUUUGGAGGGUUUUGAAGGAAAUGAAGAUCUGCAGAAAGAAUUAUCUCAAUUCUUUAAGCAAAAGGAGACUAGAAAUACUUGGGCAUCUUCUCAGGUGCAUACCAGAUAUCCAGAGAUAAAGUAUAUUGGGACUGUUGCCNUCCCUGAUAGUAAAAAACAAGUUGCAGAACCAUAUAUUCUCUACAGAGGACUUGAUAUCUCUGGUUGUCCUCUUCGGACAGUCAAAUCCAACUUGGAUGAGACAUCAGAACAACUCUAUUUUCAAGAGGAAAGAAACCAAAAGGCAGCUCCUACUUUUGGUGAGAAAAAUGUUGAUGCUACUGAAAAUGUAGCCUUUGAGGCAAUUAUUGCCUCAAUUGAGUCUUCCAAUCAAGAGAGUCUUAUUAGUGAGACUCAAACGGAUAACACUGAACUGUUAGCAGAUGACAGCGAAGAGAAAGAACCCCUAAAACCAGAUNUUUCCCUGUUAAAUUGUAAGAAUGAAAUCUCUUUCAUCGAUGAGCUUAAGUAUCUGAAAUACCAGUCUACUCCUGGGGUGUUUGAACCAGCAGAUUCAAAACCAUUGUUGUAUAAAGAAGAUGAUGCUAGCUCCCUAUAUCUGUAUCCAGAUUUAAAGUCACCCGUUAAUGCUCCUCAGAACAUGCUCAGUAGGCCGGUUUCUGUCACUCUAGAGCUUAAGUCAUCUUUAAGUGAAAAAGCUUGCAAUCAGGCUGUUGGUCUUGAAACACGGUCACCUUCAUUUCAAUAUGGUAUAAGCAAUCUUGACCUUACAGAGAAGAUAGGCUCUUCAAGCAUUAGUUUUGCAAUGAAAAUAGCAACUUCAGAAUCUUGGGUUUUAGAAGAUUUAAAGCAGCAGACCUUUGAAGAAGUUGCAGAUUCCUCAGACUAUAAAUUGGAGGGCCUGCAGGGGAAGGCUCAAUCUGGCGUCCUUACUAGGUGUGGUGAUGCGAAGUACUCCAGCCUUUAUGAAAACACUGGUGCACACAGUGAAAGAAUUGCUGAAUUGCAAAGAGAGGUAGAUUGCUCUAAUCUGAGCAUUAGCCAGGCUUCUCCAUCUUCAUUGCCUUCAUUUGUUCCUCAAGAACCAACCAGUGAGUCGGAAUACCAUUCCUCCAAUCUCAGAAUGUUGAGGGUAUCUCCCGACACUCUGCUAACAACGCAUACACAUUCAGCAGGAUCUGCUGAGCAGAAGAUUGGAGCAGCAGUAGUCUCUUCUGCUUCCUCACAGGAAAUAAAGCCUGGGAGUUUUCACCAACAAGAGUUGCCAGAUAGGCAUCUUAAUGAAGAGAUUCAGAAAGUGUCACCUGCUCUUAGGACAGCUGGCCAGAAGCCUGAGAUGCUACCAGUACAAUCUAGUUUUUACUCUAAAGGAAUGAAAUCUAUUUUCUGUCAACAUCCUGUGUCACACAGUCAUCAAGGCAAAGAGCCUCUAAAUGNUUCAGCUGUUUCUGGAUCAGCUGAUAAUAAAGCUUUCUACCAGCAAACAUUAUCAGACAGUCUACUAACUCAAGACACAUUGCCAGUUUCUGUUAUUCCUGGCCUAGGUGACCAGAAGACUCCUGUAUCAUCCGAAUUCUCUCUUUCAUAUUCUCAUAGAGGAAAGAACCUGCCCAAAGAUGUUGUGAAAGUUUCCACUGAUUCUGGAUCUGCUCACAAGAAGGCUGACAUUCUAACAGCGUCCUCUAGAACCUACCAGUACAAAACGAAACCUGGUUUUAAUAUUUACCACCAAGAGUUGCCAGACAGUCGUGGACCUAUAGGGACUAGAAAGGUUGCAUUUGAAUCUGGACCAGCUGGCCAGAAGUCUGGGGUUUCUCACCCAUAUGUUGAGAUGCCCAGUGUUUUCUAUCAGCAGGGGUUGCCAGAUAGGCAUUCAGCAAAAAGCCCUACAAAAACCUUUAUCCCAGGACCAGCUGACCAGAAGACUGAUCUGUCAACAGUACCCCCCACCUCCUCUUCGCAUGCAGAGAAGCCUGUUUCCCCCUGCCAGCUAACCUUGUCAGGUAGUCAUCUACCUGAAGAUGUUGUCAAAGCUUCUUCUGUUUGUAAGUCAUCUGAUGAGUUAUCUGGAAUAACAGCUCUAGCCUCUGCUUCCUACUCAUCUAAAGGGAGACCCAAUAUUUCUUAUCAGCAGAAAUAUCCAGACAGCCACCUAACUGAAGAGGCCCAGAAAAUCUUGGGUACAACUGGAACAGACCACCAGAACACUGGGGCACCAACAGUAACUCCUAGUUCCUACUUCCCUGGAGAAGAGUCCAUUAUUUUUUACCAAGCUGGCUUUCCAGGUAACACUCUGUCUGCAAUGUCUUUUAAAGUUCCAAGGAUUUCUGGAUCAACUGAACAGACUAACAUAACAACAACAGGAUCAUCAGGUUCCUACUCAGUUGGAGAGAAGUCCAUUAUUUUCUACCAUCAGGCCUUGCCAGAUGGUCAUCUUCCUAAAGAAGCUUCUCCUGCACCCGCUGACCUAAACACUGGGGAGCCACCAAUGUAUUUGGCUUCCUGUUCUGUUGGAGUAAAGCCCAUUAUUUUCUACCAGCAGCCUAUGUCAGAUAGUCAGCUAAGUAAAGGUCACAAAGAAUCAGCUGUUCCUGGACCAGCUGACCAGAAGACUGCCAUACCAACAGUGCAUUCUACUUCCCAGUCAUAUAUAGGGAGGCGUACUGUUUCUUACCAGCAAGCGUUUCCAGAUCUUAGUGAAGAGGCUUUGAAAGUUCUAGGUGAUGCUGGAUCCACUGAACAGAAAACUCAAAUACCAGUAGUGUCUUCUGCUCCCUUACACAAAGAGGGGCCUGGUGCNUACCAGGAGGAUUUGCCAGAUCUUACUGAAGAACCUUUGCAAAUUUUAGGUGUUUCUGAAGAAGUUUCUUCUAGCUCUUAUCAGAGGAAGUUACCAGAUCAUACUGAAGUAUUUUUGAAAUCAGUAGGCUCUGGCUCUGCUGAUCGGAAGACUGNGGCACAAAUUGUCUCCCCAAGUAGAGAGAAGUCCAGUGGUUUUCAUCAGCAGGAGUUGCCAAGUACUGGUGGGGAUGCACUAGAUGCCUUUCAUCCCAAACCAGUUGUCCAGAAGGUCNGGAAGGCACAGANGCCUGGGACACCAGCAGGACCUUCUAGUUCCCACUUCCAUAAAGAACAACCCAGUGAUUAUCAAAAGACCUCACCAGGUCGUGAUCUAACUGAAAGUUCUUUGAAGGCAUCAACUGUUCCAGGACUACAUGAUCAGAAAAAGAGCCCUGCAGUCUCAUCUGGUUUCUGCUUACACAAAGAGAAAUACAAGAUUUCAGCUUCACCUUUGCUGAAUUGCCAGACAGCCGAGUUGCUAACAGUUACUCAGAGGUCCUGUUUACAUGGAGAGGAUCCUGCCAUUUCAACUGUGAUCAAACCAGAUGACCAAAAGAUUCCAUUACCAACAACUUUUCAUAGCUCCUGUGAUCAAAAAGUAAAACCUGUUAUUUUUGUUCAAAAUCAGUUACGAGAUAGAGAUCAAAGUGAAGAUAUUCCGAAGAUUUCAACUGUCUCUGAGCCAACUGUUGUAAAUACAGUUCUACCAGUACUUCUGUCUGGUUCUUAUUCACACAGAGAGAAGUCAGAUUCAUUUUACCCACAGGAACUGCCAGAUAGACAUCUAACUGAAGUUGAUCUGAAGGUUUCAAGCGGUCUUGGUCAAGCUGACCAGAUUUCUGGGUUACCUACAGGUAUUCCUGGUACUUAUUCACACAGUGAAAAGCACCAGCUUAUCUCAGAACAUGUCCAAGAGCUGAUGGAUAACUUGAAUUCUUCUGAGUCUUCUUGUCUCAGUGUGGAUAGUAUGCCUCUAAACUCACAAAUUGAUGAUGGAGUUAUCAUAUGUAAGCCAGAAUCUUUAGGUUUUGCCAAUGUUGGCUGUGAGGAAAUCCAGGAUAUAGAUCAUGGUUCCAAAACUCUUAAGGAAAUUCAGACUCUCUUGAUGGAAGCAGAAAAUAUGGCACUGAAACGAUGCAAUUUCUCUGCUCCCUUAGUCCCUUUCAGAGAUGUUAACGAUGUUUCAUUUNUACGAUCAAAGAAGGUGGUUUGCUUCAAAGAAUCCUCCACAACUGAUGUUUGUACCCAGAGGGAGUCAUUUGUAGAAGUUCCACACAUUGAAUAUGUACAGAAGGACAUUGGCACACAGACGAACCUUAAGUACCAGAGGGGUGUUGGAAAUUGGGAAUUUAUCAGUUCAGCUACCUUUAGAAGUCCUCUACAGGAAGCAGAAGGCACAGCUAGAAUGGCAUAUGAUGAAACUUUUAGGCAAUAUAAAGCUGCCAGGUCUGUAAUGAGGUCUGAACCUGAAGGCUGCAGUACAGGCAUUGGGAAUAAAAUGAUUAUCCCUAUGAUGACAAUCAUAAAGAGUGACUCGAGUAGUGAUACAAGCAUAACAGAUAGCCGAGAAGAGGAGUGGUUGUCAGAGAGCGAGGANGGCUAUGGUAGUACAGAUUCAUUGGCUGCACAUGUGAAGUACCUUCUGCAGUGUGAAACUUCACUGAAUCAAGCCAAACAGAUACUUAAAAAUGCAGAGGAAGAGGAAUAUCGGGUCCGAACCCAAGCCUGGAAUCUAAAGUUUAAUUUAGGACGUGACCGUGGAUACUCCAUUUCAGAAUUAAAUGAAGAUGACAGGAGGAAAGUAGAAGAGAUAAAAGCAAAGUUGUUUGGUCAUGGAAGAGCAACUCACGUGUCUGAGGGCUUACGGAGUCCACGAGGCAUAAGAUGUUUGCCUGAAGCUGUAUGUAGUCGAAUUAUUAUUGAGAGCCAUGAGAAAGGAUGUUUCAGGACUCUUACUGCUGAACAACCACGGCCAGACAGCUGCCAUGGUGCUUUUCGAUCUGUUGAACCUUCAGACUUGCUUAGAGGACAUCGGAGCCCAUCAUCAUGGAGAGGCAGGCACAUCAACCUUUCCAGAUCAAUAGAACAGAGCAAUCCCUGUUUCAAAGUAGGGAAUUCCUUUCAGUUACAGAGUCAUUCCCCAUUUCAAAAACUUUUACCCGAUGACAUCAAAAUUAGCAAGGGUGUUGGAAUGCCAGUCCAUGCAUACAUGGAUCCCCAGCCAUCAGAAUUAGUAGAACCUACUUGUGUGCCAGCUAAAGAAAUGGAUUUUCCUUCCUCAUCUCAAAUACUGCCCCCUGAGCCCAAGAAGCAGUUCACUACUGCCAUCACUUUUUCUUCUCACGAACACUCUGAGUGCAUUUCUGAUUCCUCUGGUUGUAAGGUUGGUGUUACUGCAGGUAGCCAGAGUAGUGGGCCAUCUUUAGGGGUAUUUAAGCCUCAUAUCCCCGAACAGCAGAUUUCUCCUAGAGAUCUUAAACAGAAAACCUCUUUGCAGUCAUCACUUGAAAGGCAUGGUUCUACACCGGUGACUAUUUUAGCUGAUGGUAGUAGGCAAAGGCAAAAAUUACCUGUUGAUUUUGAGCAUUCUCAUCAAAAAGAAAAACUCUUACAAAGAUUAGAUUUUAAAGUCAGCCAUUCUGAACCCAAUGUCAGUACAAAUGUUAGCAAUUUCAAGGAAGUUCAAUUUUCUGGUAAGGAUACCAUUGUUAGCCAGGACAAACUAACUUCUACAGUAGAGGUAAAAGAGAAGAAUGUAACUGUAACUCCUGAUCUUCCUUCUUGCAUUUUUCUUGAACAACAAGAGCUCUUUGAGGAAAGCCACACCCCACGUACAGAUCGUCAUAUGAGAAAAUACCCUUCUCCCUCUUGUCCAGAAAUUGCUUCUUGCAUUUUUCUUGAACAGCCAAAACUCUCUGAACAAAGCAAAGCCCCACAUGUAGAUCAUGAAAUAAGAGAAGAUCACUCUUUCUUUCCUAAGUGCCAGGAUUAUAUAGUUGCAGACCCUUCUCCCGAUUUUCCUGAUCAGCAACAAUGCAAACCUCCANACGUAGUUGGUCACACGAGAAGACAGAACUCUCUUCUUUCUCAAGGUCAGGAUUAUGAGUUAGAAGAGGUUCAACAUAUACCUCAGUCAUACUUUUCUAAUAUGGUAAAUGUUAAAGCCAAGGUCAGUCAUGCGAUCUCCCAGUCAGCCCCUGACCACUGUACAGCUGCAUCUACUCCACCUUCAAAUAGAAAAGCACUUUCAUGUGUUCGUAUUACUCUUUGUCCCAAGACUUCUUCCAAGUUGGAUAGUGGAACCUUAGGUGAAAGGUUUCAUUCAUUGGAUCCUGCUUCUAAAACAAGGAUUAAUAGUGAGUUUAACUCUGAUCUGCAAAUUAUAUCUUCAAGGUCAUUGGAACCAACCUCCAAAUUACUGACCUGUAAACCAGUAGCACAGGAUCAAGAAUCUUUAGUUUUUCUAGGACCUAAAUCUCCACUGGACUUCCAAGUCGCACAGUCUUCUCUUCCAGAUAGUAAGACUAUUUUUCAGGACUUGAAAACCAAACCUCCUCAGAAUAGCCAGAUAGUAACCUCAAGGCAAACACAAGUGAACAUUUCAAAUUUGGAAGGAUAUUCCAAACCAGAGGGGACUCCAGUAUCUGCAGAUGGUUCACAAGAACAGAGUAAGGUUUCCUUUACUACGUCCUUUGGAAAGUUAUCAUCUGAUGCCAUCACUCAGAUAACAACAGAAGGUCCAGAAAAGACCACAUUUUCAUCUGAAAUUGUUAUUCAUGCGGAUGAUCGUGGACAGGGCAUUCUAGACCCCAUGGCCCAAAAGCUAUCCAGGUUUGCCUCAUCAUCCUUAGUGCAGCAAAUCCCAGCUUCUCAUGGCAAAGACGCCCAGCCUGUGCUGUUACCAUAUAAGCCAUCUGGUAGUUCGAAGAUGUAUUAUGUUCCACUGUUAAAAAGAGUUCCUUCAUAUCUGGAUUCCAAAUCUGAUACCACUGUUGAGAGCUCACAUUCAGGCUCCAAUGAUGCUAUUGCCCCAGACUUUCCACCUCAAAUGCUAGGCACAAGAGAUGAUGACCUCUCCAACACUGUAAACAUUAAGCACAAAGAAGGGAUUUAUAGCAAGAGGGCUGCAACAAAGGGGAGAAACCCCUCUCAGAAAGGUAAUGCAGUGGCCCCAGUUCAAAUGCCUAUAACUUGGGAUGAGAAUGUCUUGGACGAAAACCAAGAAGAGGUCAUCAGUAGAGGAGUUGUGAUCAAGAUGGCAGGACCUGAAGAAAUGUCAUCCCUGGAGAAGGACCUUGCAGGUCCCAGUGAUAUCACUGUACAAGACAGAAAAACUGAAAAUCUGCCAGACACUAAAUCCAUUAAACAGAAGGAAGGAUCCUUAGAGAUAGAUAGCACAGGAUAA